AUGUCUCGUAUUCUCGUGGUAGGGGCAACGCGCGGCCUGGGCGCAAGUCUGGUAAAGCACUACACCUCGUCGUCAAGCACGACUGUGUACGCUACGGCAAGAUCAAGCUCUGGUCACCCUCAGGACUACCCGGACAAUGCCAAACGUCUCACAGGCGUCGACUUGACCAAGCGAGAUGUGGGCGACACCAUCGUCAAACAACUACCGAAUGGCGGAAAGGCACUGGACGUCGCGAUCAUCGCUGCUGGUUAUUUCGCAACGGAGGAUUUCAAAGAUGGGCCUGAUUGGGACGAACAACAGCUCAUGUACACAACCUGCGCCAUCGCCCCCGUCUUCAUCGUCCAGAGACUCGUCAAAGCUGGCCUACUCGCUUCAGGGUCCAAGGUGCUCUUGGUCUCGUCCGAGGCCGGCAGCAUCGCUCUACGCCACGAGAGCGAGGGCGGCGGCAACUAUGGUCAUCACGCUAGCAAGGCGGCGCUGAACAUGGCUGGGAAGCUGCUCAGCCUGGAUCUCAAGGAACAGGGCAUCGUGGUGAGCCUGGUGCACCCGGGGUUCAUGAGGACAGACAUGACCAGGAAUGUCGGAUUCGACAAGUACUGGGAUGCUGGAGGCGCUAUCUCACCCGAUGAAGCGGCUCAGCGUCUGGGCCAGUGGGUCGAGGAGCUCGACAUGUCCAAAACAGGAGAGUUUUGGGCACCGGGGGGUGCUGGGGAUAUUGGCACCGCUGAAGCGGUUCUGGGCUCUGAUCUCCCCAAACCAUUGAGGUUGCCGUGGUAG